AUGUCUGGCGUGAAGUCUCGACUGGCUAGCCUGGUUGGCCAUUUGGCUGGUUCGACAUCGGCUCCCUUCGAGCAUCGAUACAACCAUCAUACCCUCUCGCCGACUUUCUUCUUGCCUAGGGCGGCGGCGAUUGAACCGGAUGCGGAAGCAGUCUAUCACAUUACAGCCAACAACAAGAUCCUCCACCGGAGUUACAGCGAGCUUGCGGACCGGGCCUGUGGUCUGGCUUAUUACUUGAAAAAGCAUGGGUUCAAAAGAGUGGGCAUUUUGUGUCCAAAUACACCGGCAUUCCUGGAGUCGAUCUUUGGGAUCGCCGCUGCAGGGGCUAUUAAUGUUGCUGUCAAUUAUCGUCUCAAGCAUGAAGACAUCGCCUACAUAUUCGAGCAUGGAGAUGUUGACGUGAUCAUCGCCGACCAAGAAUUUGAGUCGCUGCUGGAGACGUACAGAUCACAGCAUCCUCAAAUCCCCAUCAUCAUCGAUACUGACACUGAUGCUACGGAGGGGGAAUUGACGGGACCUUUUGAUCAUGCUGUACUCGAAGGGUUGAAGUACGACUUGGAAAUCGACGCGCGGGGCUGGGAGGGCCUGGAGAGCCAGGCUGCGGAUGAAGAAUCCAUCAUCGCAUUGGCAUACACCAGUGGAACCACUGCUAAGCCAAAAGGCGUUGAGUUUACCCACCGAGGAUGCUACCUAGCGAGUCUCGCGAAUGUUAUCGAAUCUGGUCUCAACUUGGACCGCGGUCGGGCAAAGUAUCUCUGGACAUUGCCCAUGUUUCAUGCAAUGGGAUGGACAUUCCCAUGGGCUGUGACUGCGGUCCGUGGUACUCACUACUGUUUACGCAAGAUUGACUAUCCACAAAUUUGGAGACUCCUCAAAGAAGAGCGUAUCACCCAUUUCAACGCAGCACCAACCGUCAAUACCCUCCUCUGCAACUCUGAAGAGGCUGAAAUCCAUGUCUAUGGCAUGACCGAGACUUACGGCCCUAUUACCAAGGGAUACUAUCUACCGCAGUGGGACCAAAUGCCCCUGAAAGAAAAGUACCAGAAGAUGGCCCGACAAGGCCAUGGUUUCAUCACUAGUCUUCCCGUGCGGGUGAUCAAGACCGAAGUGCCCGAGGGAACGGUCAUCGAUGUUACGCGCGAUGGCAAGGAGAUCGGCGAAAUUGUCUUCGUUGGUAAUAUCUGUGCUCGAGGUUACUUCAAGGACCCCGAGGCUACCCGCAAGCUAUUCUCGGGCGGCGUACUUCAUUCGGGAGAUUUAGCUGUUUGGCACCCCGAUGGUGCUAUUCAAAUUCUCGACCGAGCUAAGGAUAUCAUUAUUAGUGGUGGCGAAAAUAUAUCUUCCGUGGCACUAGAGUCUAUGCUAGCAACCCAUCCGGACAUCCUCGAGGCGGGUGUUGUUGCUGUUCCUGACACUCACUGGGGAGAACGUCCGAAAGCAUUUAUCACGGUCAAAGGAGGCAAACACAUCAUGGGGCAAGAUGUCAUUGAUUGGGCCCGAAAUCACAGUGGAAUCAGCAAGUUCAUGAUUCCGCGCGAGGUGCAGAUAGUCGAAGAGUUGCCUAAAACCAGUACGGGUAAGAUUCGGAAGAAUGUGCUGCGUGAAUGGGUGAAGGAGCCGAGAGGCAACUGA